AUGUAUGAUUUUUUUUUUAAGGUUAGCAGCCAUUUUAAGAGUUGGAAAGUUAAUUUUGCCAAAUCACACUCUGGAAAUCUUAACUAUGGCGAUACAUAUUAUGUAUACGAACCUCGUCGUGGUUUCGGGGUGAAACAUGUUACCCAAAAGCAACGUUAUAUGCUUCGCAUAUUGCACCCGCAACAGACAUCGCAAUACAAAGGCAAAUCUGGGCAGGAUGGAUUGAUGAUUAAAGAUGCUUUGCCCAAAUCGUUGCUAUGUACCAGCGCAUUGAGGAAGUUGGUAUAUGCCAACACGGCCAAUGCCAUGGAGAUAUCAGAGAAGAUCAAAUGGGACAAGUUCAAGUGCAAUGUCACUGGGGUUAGGUGGCAUCCAUCCGGUUCCUGGCGUGUACAAUUUAAAAGGAGUAAUUUCGAACGCAACUUUUUCGUAAACUGUUCUUGUUACUUCAGUUGUCAUUUGCACGGAUUUGACAGAGCAAAGGAAUUGGCUAUUCAUUAUCGCAAGCAGUUGGAACUGGAGUAUCAACAACUGGAGAGGGCUUGGGCAGCGAUGGACGCUGAUGGGCUAUAA